AUGUCACACAUUGCUUUAACUGCAUCACCCACCGUCCUCGCUUUUCACCGCGGAGCGAAACAAUGGAGCACGCUGUGCCCGAGUAGCUGGAGAAGCAGGGGAAUCAAUCCAUCUUCAUUUCCAAACUCCACCAGAAAACGGUUACAGUUGCGGUUUUUUGCUUCGGGAAAAAAUGGCGGCAAUGGAGGUGUUGUGGAUGAGAUAUCUGAAACUGUAAAGGCGCACACGAAUUUCGUUUGGCCUGAUAACAAGAAGCCUAGAGUGUGUAUUUUAGGUGGUGGAUUCGGUGGUUUAUAUACUGCUUUAAGGUUGGAAUCACUCCAGUGGCCCGAAGACAAAAAGCCACAUAUUGCUCUUGUCGACCAAUCUGAACGAUUUGUUUUUAAGCCACUGCUGUACGAGCUUCUAUCUGGUGAAGUGGAUGAAUGGGAAAUAGCUCCUCGCUUCUCGGAUUUGCUGGCAAACACUGGUGUGCAGUUUUUGAAAGAUAGAGUAAAAGUCUUGCAGCCCUCUGAUCAUUUGGGGGUGAAUGGAUCCAAUGCAUCUACUCGUGGAGGAACUGUUCAUCUUGAAAGUGGCCUUCAUAUCGAAUAUGACUGGCUGGUUCUUGCAUUAGGAGCUGAAGCUAAGCUGGAAGUUGUACCAGGAGCAGUAGAAUUUGCAAUUCCUUUCUCAACUCUGGAGGAUGCACGUAAAGUUAACAAUAGAUUAACAAUAUUAGAGAGAAAGACCUUUGGCAAGGACUACCAAAUUAGUGUGGCUAUUGUUGGUUGUGGAUACUCUGGGGUUGAAUUAGCAGCAACAGUAGCAGAGCGAUUACAAAAUAAAGGAAUUGUGAGAGCUAUUAAUGUUGAAACAACUAUCUGCCCAACUGCCCCACCUGGCAAUAGGGAAGCUGCACUGAAAGUUCUUUCGUCCAGGAAGGUGGAACUUUUAUUGGGUUACUUUGUCAACUGUAUUCGGAGGGCCAGUGAAUUGGAGUCUACAAAUACUCCGACAGAGGUGGAAAGUUUUGAAACAGUGCCGGGUUUUGAAAAGUAUAUACUGGAACUGCAACCUGCUGAAAGGGGAGUGCAGCGUAAAAUCAUUGAAGCAGAUUUGGUAUUGUGGACUGUUGGAUCGAAACCUCCUCUUCCUCAUCUGGAAUAUUCAGAUGUACCAUUUGUAAUUCCACUUAAUGCUAGGGGACAGGCAGAAACAGAUGAAACUCUUCGUGUUAAGGGUCACCCACGGAUAUUUGCUCUUGGUGACUCUUCGGCGUUAAGGGAUUCAAAUGGAAGGAUUCUUCCAGCCACUGCACAGGUUGCAUUUCAACAAGCAGACUUCACUGGUUGGAAUCUUUGGGCUGCAAUCAAUGGGCGUCCGCUUUUGCCGUUUAGAUUUCAGAAUCUAGGUGAGAUGAUAACUUUGGGAAGAAGCGAUGCUGCUAUUACUCCGAGUUUUAUUGAGGGGUUAACUUUAGAAGGUCCUGUUGGCCAUACUGCUAGGAAGAUAGCUUAUUUGAUGAGGUUACCAACAGAUGAACAUAGGCUUAAAGUAGGGAUCAGCUGGCUUACAAAAUCCGCUGUUGAGUCAGUGUCGUUGCUACAAAGUACCUUAUCCAAGGUCCUUUCAGACUCCUCUGCUCGUUCAGAUUGA